AUGCUGUAUCGCGGUCUGUGGUUUCCAGCCGCCGUUCCGGCGGGGCUCUCCGCCGGCGACGCCUUCGUGGCGCAGCUUCCGGACGGGCAGCAGAUUCAGAUGACGGUGCCGCCGGGCGCCACCGCCGGCCAGCAAAUCAGGGAAGUCGUAAGUGAGAUGUGA